CGCAUCCACAUACUGACAACAGAAAAACGGUGGAAAUCUAAAAACCGGAACGCGACGUGUAAAACCUUCCAAAAUGAUGUGUUACGUGUUUACCUUCAAAUCCGCAACUUUGUGUAACUCUUCAAAAGUGAUACUGUAUUGUGCCCAGUGAAGACCCCCUCGUCAGCUAAUCAGCUGUGUUCCAAGACAUCAUGGAAGAUAUUGGGGGUAACGAUGUAAGGGGGUAUGCCAAGCUAGGCAAACCAAGAAGAGAGCCCCCUGAUUAUCAUCACCAGUCGAAUAGGAGCGCUUUCGCGAAUCUGUCGCCUCCCCUAGAUGCUUACAAUGCUGUUUAUUUGGCGUUUGUGCUAGGGGGUGCGGGGUUCCUCUUACCCUACAACAGUUUUAUAAUGGCGAUGGACUACUUCAAAGUACGGUACCCAGGCACACCUAUAGUUUUUGAUAUGUCGCUUGUAUACAUAGCUGUAGCCUUCCUAACAGUUCUUGGAAAUAACCUUCUUGUUGAAACGUUUUCGUUGAAUUCAAGAAUAAACUUUGGUUAUAUAAUGUCGUUUUUUACGUUGAUAUUCGUAGUUGUUUGUGAGGUAUGGUGGGAGGCAUUCGGAACUGCCACAUCUUAUACUGUGAAUUUAGCCGCUGUUGCAGUAGUUGCUGUUGGAUGUACAGUUCAACAAUCAAGUUUUUAUGGAUAUACCAGUAUGUUACCCCCUAAGUAUACACAAGCUUUAAUGGUAGGAGAAAGCACAUCAGGUGUAUUUACGUCCAUGGUUAGAGUAGUAACUAGAUUUUUAGUAAAAGAACUGCGAGGUAGUACAAUUUAUUUCUUUAGUGUAUCUGUUUCUUCAGUAGCAACUUGUUUCGCAAUGUAUCAUCUGAUUAGAAGAACAGAUUUUAUACAGUUCUAUAUAGCCCUAUGUGAAAGAGCUAAAACUAGAAUUACAUUGGAGCCAACUGAAGAUGCUGGAUUGAUAGAAACUAACGAUAGCCAAUAUGGAGUCCUAAAAAUCCAAAAUAGCCCUCCUCCUACUGAGACUGCUCUAAGUUUCGCUAAUCCUGCUUAUGAGCCUUCAGCCACUGCUCCAACUUAUAAGGUGGAAGAUGUCGUUAUCAGAGGCAGGCAGAGCAUUAGUACCAGCAGUGUUGGACUUUCCACAAUGAAACGUGGUCUCCAAGCUAGGUGGGAAGUAACAAAGGCCAUCUAUCCAUACAUGAUCUCAAUUUGUCUGGUUUACUUCGCUACUUUGUGUCUAUAUCCAGGCAUUGCUUCAGAAAUUAUAAGUUGCCAUUUGGGAAAUUGGAUGCCCAUUCUAAUGAUGGCGCUUUUCAAUGGCGCUGAUCUGAUAGGUAAAAUGUUGGCAUCAUCUGCAAGGUACUGGACAGGCGCCAGACUAGUAAGAUGUUCUGUGGCUAGACUAAUAAUGAUCCCUCUGAUGAUCAUGUGCGUUGCCCCAAGAGCACAUCCUACAUUUUCUGCUGAGAUCACCGCGUUUACGUUUUCCCUAUUUUUGGGACUAACCAAUGGAAUUUUGGGGAGCGUUCCCAUGAUACAAGCACCCACGAAGGUAGAUGAUCGACACAGGGAACUCACUGGCAAUAUGAUGACCUUGAUGUACAUGUUCGGACUCGCUGCAGGUUCCUUAGUAGCUUACUUCCUCGAAAAGCUGCUUAGUCCGGUAGAAAAACACCCUUGCAGCUACAUGAUUCUUCCUCAAGAAGUGACGCCAACCAUCGUAUCGCUCACAACAACCAGUAAAAUGCUAGCGAGUACAGAAGGGCUAAAUACUACCCUGGAUAGCUUGACUACCACUACUUCGAUGCCGUCUACCAUCAUCAGCACUCUCAUGUCUACGUAUAUUUCAACUGUCAACUCCACGGAUUUUUAAAUAGGUAGUUCGUGUACGGAUAGUUCCAACGACUUUAUUUUGUCUUGAAUCAGCAAAUGGGAUAGAAUGGUUAAAUAAAAUUCAACAAGCAAAGCUUGACUAAAUAAAAUGUACCACAUCAAGUAGGUAGUUGAAGUGACAGAUGAAAAAGAUAGAAGCGAGCUCAUUGAGGUGAAAGAGUUUUGAUUAAUUUCUAUUACAAACGCUUUCCCAGUUAAAUUACCUACGUUAUUCAUGUUAUUCUCGACAAGAUUCGCAGUUCUGUGGCAUUCUCCGUAUAACUAGAUUUUGCUCAGUCUCAUUCAUCAGUUAUACAUAUGGAAAAUCUAAAGAACUCACCCCUACGUUAAAGAUAAUGUAAAACAAAUAUAGGCUCAAAAUGUGGCAAUAUUAUUUUUUUAAGCCCUGUACCAUAGUGGUGCCACGAUGAUAUCAUUGGGAAUCCUGACUCAUGAGGGGAAAGUGAA